CUUAGUCCAAUCCACCUGUUGUUUUCUUGUCUACGGAGUAGAUGCCAAUGAGGUCUACAAACAAGGAUUCUCCACUGGAUCCAUCGGCACUCGUGCUGUUGUGCAGAAUGCUGUUACCGAGAGUGCUGACCAGCUGAUCCACCGAAUCCUUGUGGCUUAUAUUACGGCCUGCAUCCCACUUGAACUUGGAAAUUCAGUCCGCGUCCAGUGCAACCAACAUGGCUACAGCGGAGGAUCCAGAGUCCGCCCUACCACAACUGUCGAAACACCUACCACAUGGUCUGGGACAGAAUGGAGGUCGCGUUGAUCUGUCCCAGAUUGGCUUCCUGCGACCCACGCCUCCUGACUUGCCUGUCAAAGAGAUGCGCCGCAGAUUGAAAGAAGACGGAUACCUUUUCGUAAAAGGUGUUAUUCCCCGCGAAGACGUGCUGCAAGCCCGUGAAAACUACUUUCGAGCAUAUGCCAGCACGUCUCUAUUGGCCCCCGGUACUUCCCCGCGCGAGGGGAUCUUCAACGCAUCCUCCAACCCGGACCUACACAAGGGCAUUGGUGGUCAAGGACUGCCGGCUGACCCUAUGGAGGAAAAGAUCCUUAUUGAUUCACAUUCGGAUCCCAAAUACCGCGCCUUCGUCGAGCAUCCAGCCCUCACCAAGUUCAUUCGUGACCUGAUGGGCUGGAAGGAACACGUCAUACUAGACCGCACCAUGCUGCGACACAAUGUCCCUCUUGGAAAAGGCACCGGCAUCCACUACGAUAAAUUAUUCCUGCGAGGUGGUUCCGCAUUCUUCCUCACUGCAUGGGUCCCGAUUGGUGAUAUCUCUAUCAAUGGCGGAGGUCUCUGCUAUCUGGCCAACUCGGUUCCUCUUGGCGAGGCGAUUGAGAAUGACUUCACCAGACGAGCUGCAGACAUGACGCAAGAAGAGCGGAUUUCGGCAUACAACAAGAACAUGAUUACUGAUGGCGGAGGCAUGAUAUCGCGCUCACCACAGGACUUCGCCUUGGCUCACUCAGAGUUUGGGACACACAAAUGGUUAGUUACCAACUACGAGGCGGGAGAUGUUGUCUUCCAUGAUCCGCAUAGCAUCCACGCCAGUGGACGCAAUGAAGACGCUGAGGGGAGGAUUCGCUUGAGUACAGACCUACGGUUCUACGAGAAAGGCGCGGAGGGGAUAGAUCGGAGAUGGUUGAAGAUAUGGCAUCCAGGCGACGGGUUGUAA